AUGGCGAGAGACGCCCAGCUCCGUAAAUGUACACCGAGUUCUCGGCCUACGUCCGAGUUUGCAUUUUUCCAACUCCAAUUAGUGACUUAUUCAAUUUUAUCUUCGUGUGGGUUCCAAAGCUCUAGUGCUAAUGCAUGUCAUGUUCUUGCUGAGAUUGUCCACCGUUAUUUAUCUUUGUUGGCGCAGAAGAGCGUGCACAUGGCGCACAAUGCUUGUCGCGAGAAAUCCAACAUAAUUGAUAUUUAUAUGGCUUUGGAAGAAAUUAUGGGGCAUGGGUCACUAGACGAGCUUCUCGAAUGGGCAGAUGAUGAAGGCAUCUGGAAGCGUUCUGCCGCCGAAGUUUGGCCAUCAACUCUAAGGAGGGAACAAGUAAGACUAGAUGAUCAUGUAUUUUUUGAUCCAACACAAAAGUUCCCGAAUUUGUGCUAUGAGCGCGUCGAUGACGACGUAGUGUGUGCCGAGCUGACGGUCCGAAGGGCUGUGGACGAGUGCCUCGAGGAUGAUCUAGUUUCCGGCCCCGGUAUGUAUUUAGCCGGGUCAAAGCGCUCGCUUACUACCGAUAAUGAUCCGGAAAUAUCGCCCAGAUUGGAUUACAAUUCGUAUAUUCCACCCUUUUUACCUCAUUUGCCAACUAAGGAUGUGUGGGAUGGUCGUGCCAAGCCUGUAAUACCCGUAUCAAAUCGGCCUACCAAGCCGAAGGUUGGUGGACCUGCACGUCCAAUGCCGCGCGCUGCUUCUGUUGAAGGUGUGCCCGCUGCUGAUGAAGUUGGUAAUGACGGUACAAGGAAAGUAUGGCAACGUCGAGCUAUGGCAUACGCGGGCGUUCUAGCAGAAGGAGCCGGUACACGUUCCGAGCUGCCAUCUAUCGAAAUAUGCGCAAAGCGACGUGGAUCACAAGCCAAAGUUGCGUCGAAGACGCCUUCCACGUCUUCUCUCGAUGCAUUUAUGCAUGCUAUGGAUGCCAUGGCCGACGAUCCCACGACGCGAACACCGAUGCUACUGACAUCGCUUGCCCGUUCGCAUCACGCCAACCCAACUUCAACCACAUCUAUGGCCGCUGCAUUCAAACGACGAAGAAUCGCGCAUUGCAUGGCAGAUCCUUUACGAUAUGUUCCCAACGACUCGAUGCACGGAUGUGUGCAUGUUCAUCCGACUUCGCCAUCUUGCGCGCCAGGCCCUAACUUGCUCAUAACGAUACCACCACCAAAAGACGGUGUCGAUGAAGACACGCAUGCAGCCACUGCUGCUCCUGUAUUUACUCCUGUCCAUCCUCAUGGACGCGCAGUGGCUUUAGCACCUCCUGCAGGUUCCCAGUUCCCCACCUUGUCCUAUCGGCAUGCAUCCCACCUCUACUACGCUGCACGUAUGUUGAUGUAUCCCGAUAUGCAGCGUGUUUUCUCCCGAUUAUCUGAUCCACCAUCCAUCCUAGACGAUCAUGCCACGGAGCAAGUGUAUCAUGGGACUACUGCGAGUCGUGCUGUUCUCGCUGGCACAGUCAUGUCGGUGAGACAUCGUGAUACUCUAAGCGUCAUGGUCAGUCGAUACCGCGGCGCCAACUCAAUAUUGCAUGGAUCUUUGGAGCGUCUACGGUUUCACCUCGCCGCGGAAUUGGAGGCUCAACGACGUGCUGCUCAGGAAGAGGGGCGUGCCGACGAGGUGGAAGAACCUAUUCGUGGAGAACGAAUCAAGAUGCCUAUCAAAGGCACUCUUGUGCAUUCAUGGGACUGGCGUAAGGCCGAUCCAUGGUGA